AUCGAACUGAGGGUAGCACAAAAUUUGUGACAGUUCAGACCGUAAUCUUUAGACCACAACCUGACCGCAAUCUAAAAUGGAUAUCAAUAAACGUUUCAAAAGAUUCCAUUUAAAAGUAUUAAAAACUAUUGGCCAAGGAACUUAUGGAAGUGUGUUUCUAUGUGAACGGCGAAAGGACAAAUCGUUGACCAUCGUGAAAGACAUUGAAUUGAAUGUUAAGAUGCAGGCUCAUCACAAGGAUUGCACUAAUGAAGUAAAAAUUUUAGCAACCAUGAAUCAUCCGAAUAUUAUACAAUUCUAUAACUGCCAUUAUACCGAUAGUCAUGUAUUAAUAUGUAUGGAAUAUGCUACUAGUGGUAAUUUAGCGGAGUUUAUGUACCAGAAAUGUCCGAGGCUUAUAAAGCAAGAGGAAAUACUAUUUUACUAUUGCCAAGUCCUAUUAGGAGUUAAUUACAUACAUGGAUUGGAUAUAAUUCAUAGAGAUUUGAAGGCCGAAAACAUUCUGCUUAGUGGAAAGAACGGAGUUCUGGUAAAGAUUGGAGAUUUUGGUAUAUCCAAAAUGUUAGCAAGUGCUAAGAAAACGUCUACAGUUAUUGGAACACCUUAUUACUUGGCACCAGAGCUGUGUGAGGGCAAACCAUACGACACGAAAAGUGACAUUUGGGCUCUCGGGUGCCUGCUAUAUGAAAUGUGUACACAUAAAAGAGCAUUUGAUGCUGAGUCAUUGAUGGGCCUCGUAAAAGUAAUAACCAGCGGAAGUGUCACUCCUAUUGACUUGUCUGUCUACGAGAGAGGGGUUCAAGAUUUAAUUGACGCUAUGUUGUCAGUGCUGCCAGACAAAAGACCCACAAUUAAGGAAAUAUUGUCCAAAAAAGUGUUACUUUCUAUGAUUUAUACUGUUUAUUUAGAUGCAGGCGAUGAUAAAUUUUUGAAUACUAAAAUCAAAGAAUUUGUGUAAAGAGUAAAUAUAGGCGGUAUAGUAAUCAAAUAUUAAUUGAUUGUUAUAAUGUAUAAAACGUUUCUAAUAAACCAUUCUGUCCGUUAUAUAAUAGAUUUGGCUGUAAGAUUAUUGUAAUUUAGUUUAUUUUGGCACCCUUAUAUGAUAUUAAAUGAAAAUAAUAUGAAAACUGCUAUAAUCGUAAUGUUCUUAUAUAUA